GGCUUUCUUGUGCCCGUACACACAAUGGGCAAUGGUGUGGUGGUGACAAAUGAAGUGCGAGCAGUGCCCAAAGGCCGGCCAGUGCGCGUUAUGUUUGCUUUGACUUCGGUCAGUACGUCUUUGGAGCUUGCUGGGCAAAGAUCGUUCCAUUGUUAAUACCAUAUUACUGCUACCUCUAACAGCCGCCAGCUUGCUACUCGUAUUGGUACAAUGAAGGUUUUUAUCGUCUUGUUUAUAUUCAUUGGAAUUAAUCUGAUUGAGGCUGAGGGCGAUGAUUCAAAUAUUGCCAGUCAGCACAACAUUCAAACCCAAUCAUUGCCAGCCGGUAACAUUGCCGUCGACGAGGUUGUAGUUGAAUCAUCAUUGUAUAUAAAACCUAAACCCCAACCCCAGUUAAGGCGCACGCGUAAUGCUGUUUUUGGCGAGUUUAGCAAUAGUUUAUUGCCAUUAGUUUUGCACCGACGUGUCAAGAGGCAGUUUGGUCAAACGCAGGCUGUUGCCAAUGCCGCUGCUAACCAAAAUUCAAAGACCAACGGUGGUUUACAAAGUUCGGCCGCUAAUGCCCAAGCACAAGCUUUUAAUGCUCAAGGUCCUUCGGGCUCAUUUGGCGCAUCGUCAGCUGGCACGGCUACUCAAUCAUUGAGUAUAAAUAGUCAAGGUACACAAAACGCUGCUGGAGCUUCACACAGUCUGAAUUUCAAUUUGCCCAAUGGACAAUCCAUCAAUUUCGCCUCAACUAACAGCUUUGCCAAUGGACCAGCUGGAAAUAUGGCUAACAGCCGUGGCAGUGCAGUAUCAGUGAAUAAAGUUUAAAACGACUAUGUACUUAUGAAAUUAACUGGUAACGUUAUGUUGAAAAAUAAAUAAAUUGUAAUCUUUUGUAGGUAUUUUAAA